UCUAGCGCCGGCUGUCUGUCGCUACGCUCGGAAAGUACAUAGCUCUCACAGCUCCAUCAAUUUUUAGUUGAUUCAUUAUUAUCUAAAAUAAAUAAUGACUUAUUGAAUUGACCAAUUGAUGGUAUGGCGAGUAUCAUAGAAUUAAUCUCCCGUAAAUUCAAAUAUUCAAUUGUUUCGCUGAUAAUUGAGAGUGAUAAUCAAUUGGGGCCGGCGGUGAUUGAGACUCGUCGAUUAAUCAUUGUUAGAAAAAUACAUCGGUAAAAUUAAUUUUGAGUUUAUGUGAUUAAAAAAAAAAUGCCCAAGUGCCAGACAGCUCGGCGACAAUUCUCAACGAGGGGAGGGAGUGAGAGGGAAAUAGAGUGUGACUCUUCACACGCCUGACGGAUACAUAUACGAGGGGAGUGGGACAAAGAACUGGGACGCGUUGAGAUACAUCAGAGAGAAUGGAAAAAUAAAAAGGAUGAGUUUUUUUUUAAUAUGAGGGAUGCAUUGGUGAGUUUUUUGUUUGGCAUUACAAGUGAAUUAUCAAGUGCAUUGGAGAAUGGUUCACGUAUUUCGUGAUAAUAAUGUUAACUGAAUAACAGCAACGGAGAACUUCUAUCAGGGCAUGGCAAAUAAUGAGAUAAAUUUAUUGAUGCAGAAGUGUCUGAUGACUGCAAAUUCACAAAAAAUUAUUAAUCACUGAUGCUAUCGAUGCAGCGAGGUGAAUAAGAGAUAUGUGUAUAAUAAAAUGUACAUUUACAUUUAAAACUCAACUCAUCAUUGACAAUAUUUUCUUCAUCUAAAUGGAAUAACUAAAUAUAUCUUUCGAUGUAAUAAUGGAGGAUGAACCGAUGUCAAUGAGAUGGAGUCACAUUUGAUGGAUUUGGCGAUCUACUCACUUUUAUAAUAAUAAAAGUGAAAAUAAAGUCUUUCUCCAUCAUUCGAGGAGAGGGUUAUUCAUCACUUAACAGCUUUUUUAGAUGAAUAAACGGAUCAUUGAAAAUUUCGCAAUUUUCUUCAGAAAUUUUUCAAUGAAAUUUUCGUUGAUAAAUCUGGUUGUAAAUUUCUCCGUCCAUUCUUCUAUCUGCACGUUAUAAUAAAACAUGUUGAAAAGUACGGAUAGAAUUUGACAAUGUCAUUUAAUGAAACUUGGAGUUUGCGGUGUGAUAAUGGAAAUGGAACAAGAACAAGAGCUAGUGACAAUCACUGCUCGAGGACGCCGGUCAAUCCAAUUUAGUGGUCGUAUAUUCAAUGCAUAUCGUGAUUUAGUGCACUUACUUUUCGAUUUGAAAUCAAUGAUGAUACUGAUGAUGAUUGUGUGCUGUUGAGACUGUUGGAUUUCACCGAGCAGGAUUUUUCUGCCUCACUCCUUAAAUCUCAAUGUCUCUUGAUUCAAUGAAGGCAUGAUUUCUCGUGGGACUGAAUUGGAGGAAAAAUGAGAAAUAAUUGAGGGAAAGGGAGGAUUCAAGUGAGAAUUAUCCUCGUUGGAUGAGUCAGGGGUUCACUUGAGGAAAACGAAUGAUAGCCAUGACGAUUGGAUUCCUGGUGUCAAGACCCUGAGGUGACAUUGAAAGAGAAUUUACACGUGGGUAAAAAACACGUGAAACAAUGGCAACGCCACCAGAUUCACCAGGCCCUGAGGAGGCGCUGUUUGAGUUCGAGAGUUCGAGAGCUAGACAGCAUACGACGAGACCAGUUGCUAUUGAGGAAUUGUUAAGACAAACGAAAUUCUCGCGUCAAGAGAUACGUGUCAUGUACCGGGGAUUUAAACAGGAGUGUCCUGAAGGUGUCGUUCAGGAAGACUCAUUCAAGGACAUAUAUGCCAAGUUUUUUCCCCAUGGAAAUUCUAGCCUCUACGCGCACUACGUGUUCAAGGCCUUUGACGUUAACUGCAAUGGGGCCAUCAGUUUUAGGGAUCUACUCGUAACACUCUCCACGCUGUUACGUGGGAGUAUAUAUGAGAAACUCAGAUGGACAUUCAAGCUUUACGACAUAAAUGGGGAUGGUUGUAUUACAAGGGGUGAAUUGGGUGAGGUCGUAACAGCAGUUCACGAGCUGAUGGGACGAAAACAUCCAGCGGAGGAGGAAAGGAAGGCCAGAGAACAACUGGAUCGGGUCUUUGAGAAACUCGAUCUUAAUCAUGAUGGGGUUAUUACGAUAGAAGAAUUUAUCGAAAGUUGCCUUAAAGAUGAGGUCAUUACCCGCUCACUGGCCAUGUUCGACUGUGAACUUUGAUCUCCGGUGAACAUUAGCCCUACAAGGUCACCAACCGGCGUGACACCAACGUCCCCAGCCUCGGGUACAACCCAUUCACUGACGAGUUCAUCCCCAACACCACCGCGUUAUACCUUACUACCGUCAUUACCAGCUCCAAUAAUAAUGGAUAAUCCACUUAUACCGAUUCCAUUGCCAUCACCGAUUGAUCAUUUAUCGGAGCCAAUGCAUCCACCGCCGGACUACAUGACUGUACAGCAGAUACCCUUUUGUUACCGCGGGCAACACUGCUGGGACCAGACGGAUGAGCCACUCUUUUGCUGAGAGAAGUUAUUCAUCAGUCUGUCAUUCAGUCAAAUUUAUAUAUUAUUAUAAUCAAACAGAAUUGAGGAUAUUUUCAGUAUUUUUUGGUAAUUCAGGGAAAUGUUUUCUCCUCUUUUGUUGUUUGUUUACUAUUUGCAUGGAAAACGUGAUGAGAAAAAUCUCUUGUUUCGGUAAAAAAAAAUCUAUUUAAAAAUCGGCCAAUUCUCAUAGAAAAACCUCAAUGGAUAAUAUUUUUUUUAUUCAAUAACAUUGAUGUUCUUAUAUAAAAAUCUUUGUACAUAAAUUGUGUAAUUUCGGUUUAUAAUUUUUCCUCAAUCGAUAUAUAUUUUUUUCGCACUUGCGUUGAAAUUUUUACGAUGAAAAAAUGAAAGGAUGUCAUUCGUCGAUUAUUUGAGAAAUUAGGGGAAGCCCUGUUCUAUCUUUAAUAAAUAAUUGACGAAAAAAAAAGAGAAUCAGAUAUAAAAACGAAACUCAAUAUUGUAAUAAGUAAAAUAAAGUGGAUUAAGAGGUGUAAUAA